GGGGGUUAUAAAGAACAAAGGGAUCAUAUAAACUAUGCAGGUCCAAGAUGCCCCUGCGAGUCGGGAGCCCGGGAUGAGCCGCUGCUGCGCCCCAGAGGGCUAGUGCAGCUAGACCUGCACUAGCCCCCCUCUGUGCCCAGCCAGGGGGGACUUUCUCCGGUGGUUGGAACCAGCCCCUGGCUCCAACUCCUGAGCCGGAGACUGAAGGUAAUUGAGAGAGACAUGGGGGAAAGUGCUGGCUGGGGCUGGGCAGGAAAGUGACUCUGCACAAAGGGUCCCGGGAGUCUCAGCUCUUGCAGCCCCUGGGAAAUAAUCUGUCCCCUUUGUUAUCAAUGCACCUGUGGGACGGGGAUCUGAGCUGCACUAGCAACAAUGAAGCGGCUGCUCUUGCCUUCCAGGAUGCAGACUGGAGGUUCAGGGACUGGUGACCUUCGAGGAGGUGGCUGUGUAUUUCACCGAGGGGCAGGGGGCUCUGCUGGACCCUAUUAGAGAGCCCUCUACAGGGACAUCAUGCAGGAGAAUUAGGAGACUGUGACCUCACAGAAAUCCCCAAACCGGACUCCAUCUGCCACAUGGACCAAGAGGAAGAGCCCUGUGUCCUGGACUCUGAGGAUUCUUCAGAAAAGGAGACUCCGAGAGGCCCUCAAGCAGCAGGUGAUGGGAUGGUGAGUGAGAACGAGGAGGAGAAUCCUCAGCAGGAAGAUCCUGAGCGAGUGGAAUCACAAUGGACAGUAUCAGGAAGAGAUAAAGGUGGUGUUUCCCUGAGUCCUGAGCUGGGAGAAGCCCGGGAGAAUCACCCUUAUAAAUGCCCCGACUGCGGGAAAAGCUUCCGAUGGAGCUGCCGCUUCAUUGAACAUCAGAGAAUCCAUACAGGGGAGAAAACCUCUAUCUGUGCCGACUGCGGGGAGAGCUUCAGUCGUUACUCAAACUUCACAAGACACCGCAUGAUUCAUACCGGAGAGAAACCGUACAGCUGCCCCGACUGUGGGAAAAACUUUGGUCGCACUUCUGACCUCAUUAUACACCAGAGACUGCACACGGGAGAGAGACCCUACAAAUGCCCUCAGUGUGGGAAAAGCUUCAGCCGCAGCUCGUACCUCAUUCCUCACCAGAGGACACACACAGGAGAGAGGCCCUAUAAAUGCCCUGACUGUGGGAAGAGCUUCAACCUGAGCUCAAACCUUAUCAGGCAUCAGAGGAUCCACACGGGAGAAAAACCCUAUAGAUGCCCCGACUGUGGGAAAAGCUUCUAUCUGAGCUUACACCUCAUUAAGCACCAAAGAGUCCAUAUUGAAAGAAAAUCCUAUGACUGCCCCGACUGCGGGAAAAAGUUCAUUCGGAGCUCAGCCCUGAUUAUACACCACAGACUCCACACGGGAGAGAGACCCUAUAAAUGCGCUGACUGUGGGAAAAGCUUUGGCAUGAGCUCAGACCUGAUCAGACACCAGAGAUCCCAUACGGGAGAGAGACCCUACAAAUGUGGUGAAUGUGGGAAAAGCUUCAGCGUGAGCUCCAAGCUCAUCAGACAUCAGGGAACACAUGUGACAGAGAAACCUUUCUGUUGUCCCGAAUGUGGGGAAGGCUUCGCCACCAGCUCCAAACUCGUUAAACAUCAGAAACACCACCUGGAACAGAAACCCUACAAAUGCGGGGACUGCUGGAAAAGCUAUAGCCACAGUUCCGAACUCCUCAGGCAUCAGCGAGCCCACACGGGAGAGAGACCCUAUAAGUGCUCUGACUGUGGGAAAGGGUUUAGUCGGAGCUCGCAUCUUAUCAGGCAUCAGAAAACCCACAGGAGAUAGGCACGGGUCCUGGUUCUUCCUCUAGGGCUUUUCAAACAAAUUCAGUUAUAAAUAAUUGGUGGUGUGGAGAUUCAUGUGUGGGAGAGGCACAGGCAAGGGUGAAGGGGAAAUGCGGAAGAAGAAAAAGAAGUUUGGGGGCUGGUGCGUCAGUUGUUCGGGAUUUGUGGGGAGGGAACUGGGAUUUUAUUUUUUUUUGUCUCAAAAUUUCUUAAAUUUCCCAUGCUCAUUCCACACCCUUUUUCUCUGGCCUGGCAGGAUGUGGGACAGCAGGUGAGAUGGGACUUGAAUUAUAUAAUUCACUAGGGCCAGAGACUAGAUUUUCUUGACUAGGGAAACUGAGGAGUUGCACUGACGCUAUGCCUAAAGGAAAUGCCAGUCUGAUGCUAUAUGGAGAGGAUGUGAGAUGCGACACCAUUCCUACUGUCACCCGUGUUUCCAGCACCAGAGUAUGAGAGACAGCAAAUCUGUAAAUGGAGAGGGGGAAAUACCACAGAUAGAUUUACAUAGAUUGGCAUAUGAUUUACCUGUGGCUCUCACUGCUGCAAGAGCAGACAGGUCUGUAAUGUAUCUUUACAACACCAUAGCACAGGCUGGAAAUCUGUAUUGUAACAUCCAAUGGAGCUGGACAGUUCAUGUCCAGGCUCCGGAUUUAACCUGAUACGUAUAUAAAAAUGUGUACACGUG